CAUAGGUUGAGAUAGUGUGUAGUUCUAGACUGUGGGACAGAUAGUGUGUGUAUGUCAGACAGGAGGAGGAUAGGAAGUCUUCACUGAAGUCAUUUCAUGUUUGGUACUUAAAGAGAAUCCAGAGAAACAAUAUGGCAUUGUGUUUGUGUCCAGGUCUCCAGUCUACUAUGGAUGAGGAGAGAGAGGAGGGGGCUCCUACCUCUAAAACCACUCUGUCUGGGGAACAUGGCCGCCAGAGCAAAGCUAAGAGCCCAGAGCAGCGGGAGAGAGCAGACUCCCCUGAACCCAGCUGUGUCUCCAUGAAGAGUGACUGGUCUAUGGAUUAUCCGCAUGACUUUAGAGAUGGAAUUCGGUCUAUUAAGAAGAGAUUCCAGAAGGGGAGAGCAGACUCCCCUGGACCCAGCUGUGUCUCCUUGAAGAGCGACUGGUCUAUGGAUCAUCCUCCUAGACUUAAAGAUGGACGACCCUCCAGAGAGGAAGAAGUCCAGAAGGAGAGAGCGGACUCCCCUGGACCCAGCUGUGUCUCCUUGAAGAGCAACUGGUCUAUGGGUCAUCCUCCUGGACUUAAAGAUGGACGCCCCUCCAGAGAGGAGAGGCGACCACAGGAGAGGUCAAAGGUUACCAGUGCUCAGUCUGUACAGCAGAAUCAAGCAGAGCUGAUCAAGGUGUGUAAAUUAAACCAGACAUUUGACUUCAGCUCUAAACAGGGGCGCCGUAAAGGGGGGGGGGAAUUCAUCAUAAUCAAGUUAAUAUAUUUCGAGUGA